UAUCAAAAUCAACCAAUACCAAUACUACUAUGAAAUUAAAACAAUAAAGUUAUACCAUUGAAGAAAUAAAUCAAUGUUAUUAUGAAAAUAAAGUUAUACCAUUUCAUUAAACAAAGCAAAUGAACUAGUACCAAAACAAACAAAAAACCUAGAUCUGAAAUUUUUAUAUUCUCUGGAUUGGGAUUGAUUGAGAGAGAGACUGGCACCAUUCCCAUUUGCGCUUGCUUUCGUUUCGUCACUUUGCCUCCUUUUACUCCAUUUGUGAAUUUCUACCCUUCCCCGGCCGUAGGGAAAAUUCUACCCUCCCGAGAGAGCGAGAGAGAGAGAGAGAGAGAGAGAGGGAGGGAGAGAGAGAGGGAGACUGCUACUUGGCCUCCAAUUUCGCCGUUCCUUUUUCCACCAUAGAGUUGGAGUCAGAUUUAGCGGUGGAGGCAAGCAGAGCAAGUACGGCGACGGAAACUGACAGGGAGAGGGAGGGAGGUGGGAAGCGAGAGAGAUGGAGAUUUGGGAGCGAGUUGAAGCAUAAUAGGAAUGACAAUGGAUUGGGUUGAGACUAGAUAAUUCAUAUAUGUUAUCCUACCGAAAGUAGUUCGGGUUUUAUCCAUACCUGUACUCAUACAAGAACCGGGUAAAAUAUCAAAAUCAUAUGCUUAUCCAAUCGGGUUUCGAGUAUUGAGGAAAGCAAAGAGAUAAAGAACCUCUAGUUAGCAUAUACUAACGAAUCUUCUAGUUAGCAGAAUAACUAGGUUGUGCCUCGAGAUAAAGAACUAUUGAGGAAAGCAAAGAGAUAAAGAACCUAAAAUGGAGCCACAGGAUAAAGAACCGGAUGCCUUGGGAUAAAGUUCCUAACAUAGAACAUCGGGGUAUAAAACUCUCUUGGAACCAAAGGGUGAAGGGAGAGGAGAGAGGGUAAGAAGGCUAUAAACAAGAGAGUGAUACAUCACUUAACUUGGCAUAUGUGGUUGGCAUUUUGGAAUUAGCACUUCCACUGCCUACUGAUGAUUAUUGCUACAAAUUCUAUCUAAAGGGGGCUCUCACAAGUCACAACCUAGACGAGAACUUCUAGUUCCAUGGUGAAAAAGUGGCUCUAGGAUUUUGUAACAAUUAUGCAAGUACUAUGAACCACCACAGAUAAAGGCCAAGAAGAAAGCCAAAUUCCAGGAAAAAGGACAUGACCUUGGCUUGAAGUAUGAAUAUAGGCCAAGAAGAAAGCCAAAUUCCAGGAAAAAGGACAUGACCUUGGCUUGAAGUAUGAAUAUAUGAGAGCCAAAGGAUUUUACUCGUGAGGUAUCUCGGGUAAUAUCGGCGAACCCCGGCUUCCUAUCUGGAGAGCGAAGGAGAGGUUCUAAAAUACACUCGACUCUAAAGGAGUCAAAGCUACUGUAGAGAAUAUAUUUUGAUGUGGAAGAGGUGAGACUUACUAGAGAGGAUAGGAAGCUCGAAUGGAAGUAUGGUUGAUGAAAUAGAUAAGCAGAAAUUCAAAUGCAGCAACUCAUUUCCCCCUCAUUUGUGUAACAACUAACCAAAGUCAUGGGAACUGAGCAGACCAAAUAUAAAAAGAGAAGAAGAAAGCUCCUAUCAAACAAAUAGAAACUCUCCCGGCGUGACGGAACUCUUUCUAAACAAAUUCAUUCACAAGUUAAAGACCUCUUCUCGUACAAUACUUUUUCACUCUCGAUCAUUUUUAAAAGAAAAUCAAUUGAAUCUGACACCACACAUAGUCACCCAAAUCAUAAUGUUAGCGAUGCGAUCGUCACAAAAGUCACUCUAUUCCCCAAAAAACAUUAGUUGCUUUACCGAAAAAUAAUCAGAUACAAGAGUCUUGACCGAAAACAAUCAGAAAAGAUGAAAAGAAAAUUGAACCAUACGAAAGAAGGGUAGAAGAAAAGAAAAUUUCCUACCACUAUAUUAACUAUCUUAUUACGACUACUACGAUCAAAACAAACACCAAACCACGCAACAGAAGUCCCUUUAAUCAUUCACAAUUGAUGAGUUUACUUUGGAGGAAGUGAGGGGAAGAAGGAAUCAUAUACAAACGCAUGGACCACAUGGUAGGAACACUGGCGGACCCAGAAAUUUUUCUUAGGGUGUCCUCUUUUAAAAAAUAAUUUUAAUAAAAAUAAUUAAUAAAAAUAAAAUCGUAAAUAUGAAAAUACCUUACUCGUACAGGUUAAAAAAGUCCAUGAUGUAUUUUCAUAUUAGAAAAUAAUUGUAGAAUACACUUGGUGAUUAUAGCGUUAAAAAAUUCUCUAUAUACCCUACUAGACAAUUAUUCAGGAACUUAUCGCAUAUUCGAUUUGUAAACUUGUUCUUGAUGUAACCCAAAGCUGAAAGACUCUUCAACACUUGUCGCACAAUCAUAAAAUCAAUACAAAUUAAGGGUAGAUUGAAAUUAGUUUAGGUUAAAAUAAUUAGAGAUAGGGAAUGACUUUUUACUAUUACACAUUGUUCAAAAUCGAACACCAAAUGAGUUGUAGCUCAACGGAAAUUAAGUUUAUUAAUAAUAAUAGUGUUCUAGAUUUGAAUUACCCAACCUAUCAUUUAUAUUUUUAUACACAAAUGAUAGUAGGAUAAUCAUUUUUUCAAAUUUAAGGGGUGUCCCUCACUAUCAAUUAUAUUUUUUUUGUCUAUACGUAAAUUAUCACCGGGGGUUGGAUAAUCAUUUUCCCGACGGACACCCCUAAACCCUCUGGGUCCGCCCCUGGGUAGGAAGGAUAACAACAAUAUGGCACACGUGUUGAAACCAUGGUAAAAGAAACCGGAUCAUACCGGCCGGUUGAACCGGUAAAACCGGAAACCGGAGCCCUUCCGAUACGAUAUCGUGUUUGGGUGCAGAAUAUCGUGCCGGCCGGUAAAACCGGUUUAAACGGUCUAAACCGAAAUGCCGCCCGGUUUUGGUCUAACCGGAGGCAGGUUAUUUGGGAAGCCGUACGUCGUUUGGAACAAAAAAAAAAAAAACCCUGGCUCUUCCAUCGUCAUAUUCCAAUCCAUCUCCGCCCCCCAGCCAGACCAACCAAAGCCACAGCUCCCACUUCCUCCACCAUUGUUGUAAGAAGCCAGAUCCCACUGCCUUCCAUCCUGCUGCGAACCCAACUGGAAGCAAUGUCCAUAAUCACCAUAUCUGAACACCGCAGGCAUUCACUCUCUCUGAUAAACCCUUUUUCAAGAGGGCCUAAUAUUGGCUUAAACCCCUCUCGAACCCUAAUCCGAACACCGCAGAAUCAAUUUCAUCUCAAUCUUCUUCACCGGUGGGUGACUAACUUCGAUAACCUUCUUCUCUCGCCGGCUUCGUUCCAAAUCUCGUUUCCAGGCAAAAAUUUCCAAAAAUGGCCGACUUGUUGGGAAGCGGCAGUUUCCUGGGGAUUAGUAGCACGAGCUCGAGCGGCAAGCGAACGCCGAGGAGGAGAAACGACACUGUAUCGGUAGAAGAGACGCUGGAGAGGUGGAAGAAACAAACGAAGAAAGGAUGCAUGAGAGGGAAAGGGGGCCCCGAGAAUAUGAACUGCAAGUACAGGGGAGUUCGGCAGAGGACUUGGGGGAAAUGGGUAGCUGAGAUUCGGGAGCCGGUUCGUGGAACCAGCAUUUGGUGAGAGAGAGAGAGAGAGGGGAGACUGGAGAGAGAGGGGAGGAAGAAUGGUAGAUGGGGAAAGGGUUAAGUGCACGCGUAGUAAUGAUGGAAAGUUUUUUAUAAAAAUAAUUAUUGUUUAAAAUUUCUUCUUUUUCUAUUAAUUUGCUAACUAGUUGUAUUUAUUCAUUUAUUAUCCGAUAUAUUCCGAUACAUCCGGUAUUACUCCGAGACGAUACCCUGAUUUUGGCGGCACGGUUUUUUGACAAAAAAUAUAUUUUAUUAUUACAAAAACGGUAUUUACCGGUUCAAAACGGUUGAACCACGGUCGUACCACAAAAUACCCUACCAGAAAGGAAUCCGAUAUGAUGACCGGUACGGUUUCCUUUACCAUGGUUGAAACACAGAUGAUUUGAAAGUAAAUAAAAGUGGUGUAGUUAGGGCACACAUCUUCAGCAUAAGAUAACAAAUCCUUAUAUGAUAGAAGGAAGAAUUGAAAAAUUGUAUGGGAGGUGAAUAUCAAAUUAGUCUAUGAUAUGAUAUUGUGGUAUGAUCGUGGUUUAAUUAUUUCAUUCUGGUAAAAUAUUAUAUCGACAAAAUAUACUAUCAUAUUCGAAAAAUAUCGAAAUUAUACAGGAUAUUUGAGGUAAAUACUAACUAACUGAACAUGAGAAACCAAGACACAGAAAGACACGUAGAGUAAAAUUCACAACCUCACUAAUUACUUUUAAAAUUAAGUCUAACUAAACCCAAUUAUAAAGUGCAUACAUUACCUUUUGUCACAAUUGUCAGAGAGAGGACUCGGUCUCUAUUUGUGGAAGAGAGGAGUUCCACUUUAGAGGAAGAGAGAAAAGAAUGGAGCAAGCAUCAACUAGAGUUGUGUUGAAGAGGGGAGCUCUCUGCACAAUUUACAUUUUCCCGCUAAUUUUUACUCAAAACAACAUUAUUUUGACGUUAGAAAAUCGACUAAAAUAUCACGAUCCAUAAGUUCAACUGUCUGUACGCUACGAUAAAACACCUACCAGUCUAGCACUAAACAAUCAUCUUCCUCGUCUUUCUCAUUUGCGCCAGUUGGAGAGUGCGAAUGAAUUCUGAUCCAUUUCCAUCCCCGCUACCUUCUUCCCGCGUUUUCCUUCCAUCUGUUUUCUAUUGGGAAUGUGCAGGAGAAGAAGACGACGCUCAAGUACCUUCCCAAAACAUCCCCCUUGACGCGUUAUUUUCUCUUUUUACGGACGUGUCGGUGGCGAAGCAAAAACGAAAAAAACAAUUAAUCAAACAAAUAAUAAAAGCUGGUGCGGUGAAUUGAGAUUAUCAAGGGAAUCACUUUCUUUUUUACUCGGAUUUAUCAACUAAUAAAUGAUUAUUUAAGAU